AUGGGAAACGGUGCAGCCGCCCUAGCGUGGUCACGCAUCGCAGAUCACAACCUCGCGAAAUUAAAGUCCCACGUGGCGAAGUUGAUUUCCGUGGUCCUACACCCCAUCAGUGGCCGUGGAAGAAGAGGUGAAAGUUUUAGUUCCCUUCACAUCCUAAUACAGGCUCAAGGAAUGCAUCCCUCGCUAGGGUCGCUCCAACUCAUCCUGAAUGUGGCACAAAAGCCACACCGGUCCAGCUUUCAGCGUACUCACCUGCGGCUCCACCAUAACCCCCUCUUGUCAUUCAAAUAUGCUCCCUCUAUAGCAGCUGUUCCUAGCAGCUGA